AUGGACCCGGACCUAAAGUGUAAUCGUCUGACAUGCCGUCGACCAUUAAGCAAUAAAGCUGUUGUGUGGAUAACGACGCUUACAGUUGAGUGCGCGAACGAAUUAUUCAAUGCAUCUCGUCUAUGCCCAGCAUGCGAAACAACGUUGACGGAACCAGACGACGUUGUUCUUUGUUCGCUUCAACCUACAAAUGAUUACAAAACAUCUGUUCUAUCGGGGUUAACACCUUCUACAAUUUUGGAAAUUUGUAGCAGGGCAAUCUCCUUUUGGCAGUACCAAAUUCAUCAAGAAAGCUCGUUCCAGCAAGCUGUCGUUAGGAACGUCAACGACAAGAAUGCGCAGCUUCAGAAACAGCUGGAGAAUGUGGUCAGAGAGGGUAAGCGAUGA